AUGGUAUCCUGCUCCAUCCAGGUUGAAGUCGAAGCCAAGAGCGAUGCCCAGGAGGAAGUCAGGGAACAUGGAAGUGCUACAGGAGUGGCAUUGCAAAGGGCAAACCGCGAUCUCGCACGAUUUGUCGACAACACCAUGCGCCUAGGACAAAGUAUUUUCCAUGUGGCCAUGCGCAUCAUCGGACCCUGUAUGGUCGUCCUAGCAUACUCGCUCCAAGGUUUUGUGACCUAUGCCUAUUUUUGGCAUGCGGUUCCUCCGCUGUGCGAAACUGUCGGGGUGCCAACGUGCUCCGCGAUAUCUUCGGUCGGUGUCUUCUUGCUGAUGAAUGCGUUGUACAACUACACCAAGGCCAUCUUCACACCUGCUGGUCUGCCGCCUCCCUUUGAGAAGGCUCAGCUGGAGCUCAUGGAAUUGUCUGAGAAGCAGAUUACUCCGAGGCAGUGCAGCAAGUGCAAGUUGCUGAAACCGCCACGUGCUCACCACUGCAGCGUUUGUGGCGUUUGUGUCAUGAAGAUGGACCACCAUUGCCCGUGGCUCAACAAUUGUGUGGGCAUUGCCAACUAUAGAUACUUCUUCCUGUUUCUCUUCUUCUUGGCGCAAGCUUGCCUUUUCAUUGAUGUGGUCUUGGGGAUAUUUUUCUAUGACAUUAUUUUUACAUUUGGUCGCAGAGGAACUCGCUCUUUUCGAAACUACAUCAUGAUGUCAUUUAUGAUUUGCGCUUCUAUCUUUGCCGCCCUCUGUCUCCUUGGAGGGUUUCACUUCUACUUGAUCCUCACGAAUCAAACCACCAUCGAGUUCCAGAUCAACAUGGUGCGUCGCCGGCAGUGCCGGAGGAACGGCGAGUUCUUCCGAAAUCCUUACGACAUGGGCCGCACCCGCAAUUGCCAAGAAGUCUUCGGACCCAAUAGCCUCUGGGGGCUCAAGUGGAUGUUCCCGUACUUGGCAGCGGCCCCAACUGGGGACGGGCUGAAGUACGCCUCCAUUUGGGAUAAGAUGCUUUUCUUGGCUGUCGUCACACAUGAGGAGCCCCCGCUGGCGGUUUCUGAGCUCUUGGAUCGGGUCUACCAGGUGUUGUUCAGAUACUUGGGAGAGGUCAGCGAAGAUUCGCUCCGACAAAACUUUUCAACAGUGUACUUGCUGCUGGAUGAGAUGAUUGACAGCGGCUUGCCCUUCACAACCGAAAUGAACCGAUUGGAGUCCAUCAUUGCGCCUCCCUCAGCCAUUGGCAAGGUGGUGCAGGCUGUUUCUGGCAGCAGCACUCAAGUGCUGUCAGAUGUUCCCAUUGAGGCUGCUGGUCAGGCAGGGCCCUUGGGAGCUUUAACCUCUGCCCUCAGUGGCAUGUCGCACAGCAGCAUUGGGGGAGCUUCGGCCGAGGUCUGGUGGCGACGGCAAAAUGUCGUUUAUGGCUCCAACGAGGUUUACGUUGACAUUGUGGAAACCAUCAGCUGCAUUUGCAACAGCACAGGGAAUAUGAUUUCCGGCGGUGUCAGUGGCGAGAUUUUGAUCAACAGCAAGCUGAGUGGUGUUCCAGAGGUUCUGCUGACCUUGCGAAACCCUGCGGUGCUUCAGAACGUCUCGUUCCACCCAUGCGUCAGGCUUCCACGAUUCCAGAGGGACAAGGCGUUAUCCUUCAUCCCUCCGGACGGUGAGUUUCCCUUGGCCUCGUACUGGAUUCCGGACACCACCAUGAAUCUGCCUUUUCACUUCACUGUCUCGGUGAACUAUCACUCAGACCAUGGAAAGUUGCAGAUUGCGGCCAGCCCAAAGCUUGCUGUGACCAUGCAGAAUAAGCAGAUGCUGAUUGACAAGUUUGUGGUAAGCAUUCGCUUGCCUUCCUCCAUUGCCUCAGCAAGUUUGGCGAGUGAGGGUGGUAGCAUCCGAUUUCAUGAAGAUUCCAAGGUGGUUGUUUGGAACCUGGGCAAACUGGCCAGCCAGGAGAGCAAGGCCGAGGGAACCUUGAACUAUGCCACGGACCCCAAGGCUGUGGAUCGACCCAGUGGAUCCCAAGAGUUCCCGGAGUUGAGAAAAUUUUAA